AUGGACACCAUGCUGACCUUCACCCUCGCACUGUGCGCUCUCCUUCCGCUCACGCGCGCGGUGCCUCCAGGAUUCCAGGUGCGACUGGUGGGCGGGUCCGGAGCGCACGAGGGGCGCGUGGAGGUGUUCUACAAUGGCGCUUGGGGGUCUGUGUGCGACGACGAGGUGGACAUCAACCUGGCUAAUGUGGUGUGCCGAGAACUCGGGUACGGACAGGGUCUCACCUGGGCACAUAGCGCCAGGUUCGGACAGGGCAGAGGAAAUAUUUGGUUGGAUAAUGUGGUGUGCAAAGGCACAGAGACUUCUCUCGCUGACUGUCGCUCUAAUGGCUGGGGUACGCACGACUGCACCCACGCUGAGGACCUGGGCGUCGUAUGUACCAAAGAGGGUCCACGCCAGGGCCAUGUACCGCGCUACAGUGAACCCGUACAACCUGCCACCUCCGAGCCUAAUCCACCAGAACAGACGCCCACACGUCGAGGUCACGAGAUUGCUCUGAACAGAAACUCUGCCCGGGUCUCUCCAGGCUCUUCACCACAACUGCAAGGCCAUCAGAUCCAACUGCGCAGGAACGGUUACGACAAUGCAGACUCACGCAGGCAAGAAAACUCUGUGCCACAAGGGCACGAACUGCCCAAUUACCUCCGAAGCAGGACCCCAAACAGACGCAAUCAGGACAGUCAACCCAGAGCAGUGGCCCAGUCGUCUGGCCCAGAGACAUAUGAAAAUCCACAGUCGAUCCCGGCGCCUCGGUCUGAACAGUCUGAUCCCAUUACCGAGCAGGACAACAGAAUGUACCCUGAUUUCACAAACGCUGUUGAACAGAGUGGAUCGGGAAGGGGGAGUUUGGAAGAGGUUCGGCUCCGCCCGGUUUUGCCUGGCACUCGGGGCAAUUCAAUGGUAACGGAAGGAGUGCUCGAAGUGAAGCAUGCUGGGAGAUGGAGGCACGUGUGUAACCUUGGCUGGGACCUGAGCAGCAGUCGAGUGGUGUGUGGGAUGCUGGGAUUUCCGAAAGCAGAGCAGCAUGACGAGCGCUUGUACAGGAAACAGUGGGACUCCAAGAUGGCGGAUUCAGCCAUGCGAUCAGCAGUCAGUAAAAAAGGUUACUGGGUAGAGAAGGUGAAGUGCACAGGAGCUGAGAUCUCCUUGUCACAAUGCCAGACUCAGCUGUCUUUCGCACGUAGUGACGUGCCGUGUAAUGGUGGGAUGCAUGCUGUGGUGCGUUGUGUACCCGGUCCGCAGUUCUCGCGCCUGUCGAGCUCUGGACAGCCUCAAGCUCCACCAGCAUCUCAGACAGUGCGUCUGAAAUCAGGUCCCAGGCUCGGAGAGGGACGUGUGGAGGUGCUGAAAGAGGGGAAAUGGGGGACAGUGUGUGAUCACCUUUGGGACGUGACCGCUGCCAGCGUAGUGUGUAGGGAGCUGGGCUUCGGCACUGCCAGAGAAGCCCUGAGAAGCGCAUACUUGGGACAAGGUACGGGUCCUAUCCAUAUGAACUCAGUGCAGUGUACAGGCCAUGAGAGCUCCAUAAAGCAGUGUAAGUAUCAGGAUGUUCCACUGUACACCUGCAAACACGGCCAAGAUGUUUCUGUUCGCUGCAACGUUCCCAAGACUGGACUGUCAGCUACGGUGCGUUUGACAGGAGGAAGAGAUGCCUUGGAGGGAAAAGUGGAGGUGUUGAUAGAUGGGCGCUGGGGGACAGUGUGCAGUGAAAACUGGGGCAUUAAAGAGGCCAUGGUGGUCUGCCGACAGCUUGGCAUGGGCUUUGCAUCCUCAGCUCACCAGACUGUGUACUGGUCUGGGAGCCCAGGUGCAGAGGAGGUCGUUCUCAGUGGGACUCACUGUAUUGGGACCGAGAUCUCGAUCCAACAGUGUAAGAGGAACGGGUAUGUUUACUGCCCUAGUGGUGGAGGAGUCAAAGCCGCCGGUGUUACCUGUGCUGAGACGGCACCAGACUUGGUGUUGGAUGCUCAGCUGGUCCAGGAGUCUGCGUACCUGGAGGAUCGUCCUCUCCACCUGCUCACCUGUGCUCAUGAGGAGCGCUGUCUCUCGUCCUCAGCCGCCCAUAUGAACUGGCCCUACGGCCACCGACGCCUGCUACGCUUCUCCUCACGGAUCAUGAAUCUGGGACGCGCAGACUUCAGGCCACGGGCCGGACGUGACGCCUGGGUUUGGCACCAGUGCCACAGACACUACCACAGCAUCGAGGUGUUCACACACUACGACCUUCUAACACUGAACGGCACAAAGAUCGCAGAGGGACACAAAGCCAGCUUCUGUCUGGAGGACACCUUCUGCCCGGAUGGCCUGCAGAAACGCUAUACCUGCUAUAACAUGGGAGAUCAGGGCAUUACAGUGGGAUGCUGGGAUACGUAUCGCCAUGACAUCGACUGCCAGUGGGUUGACGUGACUGAUGUUAGGCCUGGAGACUACAUCUUCCAGGUGGAGGUGAACCCCACGCUGGACAUGGCCGAGUCUGACUUUGAGAACAACGUGAUGCGGUGCAGAUGCAGGUACGAUGGUGGGAGAGUCUACCUGUAUGGAUGUCACGCAGGUGACGCCUACAGCGCCGAGGUCGAGGACCUGUUUGAACACCGGCGUCAGAUUUCCAACAACUUCCUCUAAUCAGCUGUAGAGGAACUGGGAAAGCAAAAAAAAGAAACUCUCCUUCGCCAUCCUCUCAUCCUGCUUCAGGACAGAGGGGAAGGAGAAGGAGAAGGUGGCCAAUGAUAACACAUUCCAGUCUGUGGGGUUUCUAGAGAGUUAUUUAAAAUUGAUUGUCAGUCAGGUGAAUACAUCGAAGUAGGACCUGGUCCAGAAUUCUGGGUCAUUUUAAUCCAGAUCUUUUAUUUUCUCUUAAUAUCUGAACCAGUUAUAAUUGAAACAGAGGUAAAAAUAAAUCAUUUAGAUCUCAUUAGCGAAGUAGUUCUGACAUUCGAGGUGGUAUCAAAAAGUUUGGAUACUAGUUCUGUAACACACCAACAGAUGGCAGCACAAGCACGCGCAGUCACAGGGAGCACCGACGUUCAUAAGUCAGCGUGCCAAAAGACAUCGUCCUGUGUACAGCGUUACCACGUCUGCUCUUUUCCUCACGAGUUUCUCGCCGGAAACAACAUGAUCUCACCUACACACCCACCCAACUCACCGGAUUUGGCUCCUGCAGACUUCCGAAGAUGAAGAUCCGGCUCGAAUCGGAAAGGGGCUUCCAGGACACGCUCCAGAAGAACACUGGGAGCUGUAUUACUGUGCAAGGGAACCGUUUUGAAGGCGAUCGUGUGGAAUAAAGUACUUUCUCAUCAACAGAGCGAGUCUUGAAACUUUUUGGUACCAACGCAGGAUGUUAGAAUGCUAGCUCAAAGUAUUAUAUAAGGAGAAUUGUUAUUAUAUAAGAAUAAAUGAGAAGGAAAAUGGGAACAUGGAGAUUGGCAAAGCUGUCAAAGUCUUUUACAAAGCAUGAUUAUCCAACAGAACGAUUUUGCAUGUACAACUGAGACGUCCGUGUUUUUCCAUUAUGUUACUGUUGCCAUAACAAUUGUGUGUAUUUUUUGUUGCUCUAAACAGAUUAGAUUGUCCUCCAGAUUUGACCAAAAAAUGAAUAUUAACUGCAUUUGUGUGUAUAAACGAAUCCGGUUUCUACAUUUUGCUUACGAACAUCAAUUGAUUGUUCUUUUCACACGUUUGCAAUCCUCGGGAUACUCCAUGACCUGACCCUUUAAUUCUGCGUUUCUUCUUCUUACUUCAUUAUGAACGUUCCCAGUUCAGUGGAAACAUCUUUCAAGACUUCAUACAUAAUCAAUCAAUCAGUAACCAGUCAGGUAGCAGGAAACACCUCGUAUGUUUCCUUCAUUCACAACAAAACGGUGCUUUAUUCAGGCCUUCUCUGCUAUGCAAACACCGACGCCCUUCUAGAAUCAUGUAUCAGAAACCUUUUCAUUAGAGUUUAUCAGGUAUUUGUGCUACUUCACAGCUACGCAGUCACGUUCCAGCCCCAGGUACAACCUCGUGUCCUCCUCGGUUCUCGGCUGUGUCGGUGCUUUGUGAUCAGUGUGUAUGUGCUUCAUCUUCAAUGUAUUGUCAUGUACAGAUUUAUUUGAAUCAUGAUUUAUAUAUUU